AAUUGUUCGGAGAGGAGCUGUCAUGUUUAGGACGCUAUCAGAGUGUAUAUUGGUGUUCAGAAGAAGGGCAAGGGGAGCGUGUGGGAGGAACUGGGCCGCAAUUCAGCCUCCGGGACAGCGGGUGGCGCUGUAUUCGGAGUUCAACGACGACUUGCGUCAUCAGCGUGCGACGGUGGGAGCGGGAGAACGGGCCCCUUGGUUGUACCGGUCCGUGUGAGAGGAUCAGCCCCGGCGGCUCACACAGAGGCCGCGGGAACAUGAUCCGGAACCGGAACCGAGUUUGCGGCGUGGAGGAGAUUAAAGCCAAGAGGCGGCAGCACGAGCGGGCUCUGAGGAAAGCACGCAAGGAAAAGCAGUUGGUUAGCAAAAGAUUGCCGAGGGGGCUGCAGGGCGAAGGAGAGGACGUGGAGAUCAGAGAGACUUCAGUUACUCGGGAGGAGGUUUUGCAGCUGUAUCAGAGGAUUCAGCAUGGGUCAGAUGAUCGUCUUGCUGCUUUACACUCUCUACGUCGAGUGCUGCACCUGAAGGAGGCACAGCAGAUUUUUGUCAGGUUUGAAAACAGUAUCCGUGUCCUUAACGGUCUCUUCACCAGCAACCUGGCAUCAGUUCAACUUCAGGCUGCCCAGUGUUUGCUUGAACUCUCUCACUCCGAUGAUCCCAGCGUCUCGCUUGUCUGUUUACCAGCAACACCCUACCUCCUGACGUACCUCUCCGGCCAAAGUGCCAAGUUCACGGAGCUGUGCCUGUACAUUCUGGGCAACCUGGCAGCUGAGAAUGAAGCAGUUCGGAGUCAGCUUCUGGUGCAAGGUGUGAUCCAAGCUUUGUCAGUUUGUCUGCAGAGCCGGUAUGUAAAUGUCAAGUGCUUGCAGAGCCUUAUCUGUCUCUUUCAGUCACCUCAUGGAGCUGUGGUGGAGGCUACGGCUUAUUUGCUGUCACAAAUGCUGCAGGCGAAGGAAGCAGGAGAGAAGAUCAUCCUAGCAGUCCUGGAAGCCAAUCUGACUCCACGCUUGAUUCGUUUGUUGGAUCUAGAUUCUGAGUUUGGGAUGCAGACCACUGUGGAAUGUGCCUGGUGCCUGCAUUACAUCGUGAGUAGUGGUGUAAGCAGUGAGUGCAUGAUCUCCCAGGGUCUCAUAAGCCAAGCUGUAAAACUGCUGAUUGCACUGGGAAGAACUGUUGAUUCAGGCACAACAGAUGGUGUGGAAUUGCUGAUCUACCCUGUGGCUCGGUGCUUGGGAAAUCUCAUCGCCAGUGAUGAACGACUGUGGUGCAAACGCCAAUUUCAUGACGGUGACUUGUUGCAGGCACUGAGUGUGUUCCUGCGUGGGUUUCUGCAGUCACGACCUUUUGUAACCCGGGAAUGCCUCUGGCUUCUUAACAACCUCUCAGCUGGUGAUAGACAGUUCUGCUCUGCCAUCUUACGUCAUAACCUGGUGCCGGUGUUCCUUCAGCUAAUCCCUUUCUCUGGUGGGAUAAAUACACUGGUUUUGAUGCUGUUGGGUAAUGUUGCAGAGCUGGGGCUUGAGUAUUGCGAGAAUCUGCAACAGCAAACAGGCUUAUUUCCUGCUCUCUGCACCACCCUCAGCACGGCUGACCCAGAGGUAGCGCGUAUGACACUGGAAGUGCUGAAUCUGAUAUUUUCGUAUUGUCAGCAGGCCUGUGCAAGAUUUGCAAAUCAAAAUGGAAUCUUGGCUCUUGAGAUGGUUCAGUAUCACAGUAACGAUGAAGUCAGACUGCGAGCCAACUUUCUAAUGGACAGAUACUUUGCAGACAAGAUUUAACAGAUGGCCAGCAUUAACUAUUGUUCUGGAAGUGUGUUCACAAUUUCCACAACCCUUCACAGGUGAAAGUAUUUCCUAAUUUCACUACUUAAAGAUCUACCUCUAAUAUUUCAGUUAUAUCCCUGAUCCUUGACUCCUCAAACAGCAGAAAUAGUUUCACUCCAUCUGUUUUUAAAAAUUUUAAAUCACCCAAUAUCCAAUGGAGCAAGAGGAGCACUGCAGUUUUGAGCAGUGUUUGCAACGAUUAGCUUAUGGAAGGUCAACUUGUUAACAUUUUAAAUGGGGGUGAGGUGGGGUCAUUCCUAAAUCUGGUGAACUUAGUUGAAAGCAAAAUAACCGCUAAUAUUGAAAUCUAAAAUAAUAAACUGGAAACUAAGCAAUGCAUCUCACUUUCCUCAAGUGGAAGGUCAGUGACCGGAAAUGUUCAGUGUCACUUACCUCACUCUCAUUCUGGCUCUCUCUCAUUUGCUUCCUUGCUUUCAUUCACAUUCUCACACUGUCUGGUUCUUUAAAAUUCCAUCACUACCAUACAUUCCAGUGUGGAGAUAUUACUGGAAUUAAACCAAUGAAAGUUAUAACAAGUCCAUUUGUGGUGGUUCAGAAGGUUGAUAGUUCAAAUCCCCAUUUUAGACCCUUGAACACCUAACCGAGCCUGACAGUUCCAGGGUCUCACAGGGAAUGCUGCAGUGCCUGAGGUGUAAUGUUAUGGAUGAGAUGUUAAACUGAGGUCCCAUCUGUCCUCCCUGGGUUAAUUUAAAAGACCAAAUGGUAUAGGCAUAGAAUUAGGCCAUUCAGCCUAUUGGGACUGCUACCAUUCAAUCAUCGCUCAUGUGUUUCUGAACCCCAUUUUCCUGCCUUCUACCUGUAACCUUUGAUCUCCAUCUAUCUUAUGAAUCUAACCCUCACCAAUUAUCUAUCUCUGUCUUAAAUUUGCUUAGUGACCUGGUCUGUACAACCUGUGGCCAGGAAUUCCUCUGGCUGAAGACAUUCUUCCUCCUCCGUUCUAAAGGGC